GAGAGGCCCUGCCACCCUGGUACUCCCCAGGGCCAAUUUCCACGUCACUCCUCCCUUUGGGUGGUCAGCGGUUAUACUGCGUGACUGCGUAGAUCAGCUUCCGCAGAUGCCAUUCCUCUCAAAGCCUACCCUGGCCUGCCCGGCAAGCGCUGAAUCGCAUCAACCAUCAAAGCACAGGCAUGACAGGGACUCCAGGCCAAGGUACCACGUUGAUAUGGAUCAGCAAGAAUCGCCAGCUCGCGUUCGCUCAUUCGCUCCCUCGCCUCGUUGCAAUCUCAUGCGGCAACAGCAUGAACUUCCCUCGAUGGUUACAACGGGUGACGUCCACCAGUGGCUCUUUGUCUCUCCGUUUCUGUGCGCCUGCGGCCUUACUCUCGUGGACUCCAUGGCCGCCAUCGACUUUAUCGUCCUAUUCCGCUGGGCUACCUUGGCCAACACUACGAAGUACUCCGUAUGGAGUACAUACGUACGGAUAUACGGGACUGUGGCGCUAUGGAUACAGAUCCAGGACAGGCGUCCAUUUCACGUCCUCGCAUUUAUCUUACCAGCAGCCUCAGCAGCAAACCCACUUGAACCGGAGGACCUCCCUCUUCUAUGCUUUCCCACUUCGCUAGGAGUGGCGGCCUGGACUGGUCUAUUUAGUCAUUCUGUUGCUCAACAUGCUCAUUUCCAGGCAUGCCACCAAAUCCACCAGCCAUCGGCAUCCGCCUGGCGCCAGGCGCCCUUCAAUUCAGUCUUACUUUACGGAUACCCAUGCCCAGCCGUCGGGCAACCACUUCAGCGUGUGUGUGUUGGGCCGCACUUUGGAGGACUCCCUACUGAUACAUUGGUCACUCGUGGUUGAGAGUGCAAGUGCCUGCUAGUCCAACCGCCAGUGACCCUUUGAUGUGGCCAUCUAUGUUUUUCGAUCAACAACUCUGAAGGACCGACACGGCAGGCGUGGCCUCGACAUUCGUUACAAAUACCGUGCGCCGUACAUAUAUCAUGGUCGCACCGACCCUGACAGUCCUGAAUCAACUCGCUUCUCUCUAC